CCGGACUCCUCGGUCACUCCCCCGCCCCCGCGCCCGGGUCCAUCCUUCAUGAGGGGAAGCAGCCUGCCGUCGCCUGCCGCUGCUCAAACGUGGAGGGAAGGACACGGAGAGGGACGCCCGCCGCUGCACUGCGCGGCUCUAUUGUUAGUCCGGUGAAAUUUACGGCUCUGUCGCCACGUUUAGCGCAUUUUACCCCCGUUCAGGAUCCAAAGGGAGGGACUGUUUGUUUCUCCUCGAGUCUUCAAGAGCAGAGGCAGCAGUUGAAAGGACAGUAAAGUGUGAGAAGAACUGGCCAUUCGAGACUGUGAGCCGCUGGACCCUACUUAACAGCAGCAACAUCAGUGUCUACACCUUAGGAGGAGGGGAUGAAAACGGAUGGGGUUGCCAUGGAAACAACAGAGCCCACUGAAGCUGCAGCAGUAGCAGAGCCCUCUUCAUCGCAGGACAACAUAACGGAGCAAGCAUCAUCUCAGCCAGAGGAAGCUUCAAAUGAUACAGCGCGCAGGGCUGCUCCAAAGGCCAAUGGCAAGCCAGUGGCAGCAGACCGCAAAGUCAAACCAAAAGCUGUUGCAACUAAAACACAGCCCACAGCCAAAUCUGCAGGGGCUUCUGGAUCCAACUCACGGCCAGGUACUGCCUCGCACCGCAUGGUGAAUGAUGUCAAAUCUUCUAACAAUGUUUCUGCAGCUGCAGUCAAGAAAACGGCAACAACUGCAGCAAAAGCAUCAGCAGCGGGAGCUGUACCUAAAAGACCAUUGGGCGUAGCAGCAGUUUCCACCACAGUCAAGAACCAAACUAGAGUGCCUGACAAGAAGCCUGUUGGACCUACCAGGACUACGUCUGUUGCUGCUGCCACAGUAACAAAUGGUACCAAACCAACAACAGUGAAUGGCACUCCUAAGAAGAGACCGGUGGCUGACACUGUUAAUGUAGCAAGACCCAAAACCACAACUACUACCAGCAGACCAGCGGCGUCCACUGCCCAAAAACCCAGCACUUCCACCACAACUAGGGCUGGUGGUGUUGCUGUUUCAAAGACCACAAGGCCUGCUACAGGUCCCUCAACAGCUCGACCCGCAUCCAGCACAUCUAGGCCCACAUCAGCUACAACCAAGCCCUCCACCACUACAACUGCCAAAACCACUGCUUCUAGAUUUACCGUAGCACCCUCUACUGGCAGGACCACAGCAACACAGCCUCCCAAAACUGCUGCUGCUAAGAAAGAUGUUAGUCGACCACCUUCUGCUACAGUGGCUAAGAAACCUACAACAGCUACAACACCAGCUGCUACCAAAAAACCUGAAACCUCGAAACCAGUGGCCACCGUAAAGCUCAACUCUGCCUCCAAAUGGUCUUCAACAACAAAGGCAACAGACCUCAAGGUGCCACAGUCCAAAACUCAACAGCCUGCAAAAUCUCCCACAAAGAAACCUGUAGCUGCUGUUCGGUUCCCUGCCCUUAACAAACCACCCCUUGGCCGAACCCCACCUGCCUCUCCAGCCAACAAACCUGCAAAUGGCAGCACCUCUCAGGCAAAACGUGGAACCAAACCCACUCAGGCUGUCCCACCUUUCACUGCUGUCAAGAAGACAGGGGUUUCAAAUACUACCACACCUGCUGUAGAAGCACAGAGUGCUGCUGCUGCAGCGGUAGCAACUGCCACAGCAGCGACUAUUCUCGCAGAAACACAAGCAGAGGCUACAGUGGCCAUACCACAGGGAUCAUUCCUUGUUGCCUCUGCACCAGAGGAGGUCCCUCCCCCAGUCUUGGCACAGGAUACCCUACCAGAGGUGGUACCUCAAGAAACUGCACAAAGCCAUGCAGCUGCUCCCUCUCCUCCACAAAGUCCUGUCGGGACAGCCUUACCGCAAACAUUUCCACCCCAAGAACAGCCAGAAAGCAGUGCUUUCUUACUAACAACACAGCAGCAGAUCCCUGCCCCAGCUGAACCUACAUUACCACCUGUGGCCCCCCCCCCACAGCCAUUUGAAGAGCCUGUUUACUUGCUAACAAACCAAACCCUCUCCACAUCUAAAGCCCUCCCAACAGCAGCAUCAAAUGCCAUCCCUCAGAUAGUUCCUCCCACCAAUCUAAAUGAGGAGGAGGAUGAAGAGGAGAGGGAGGGAAGCCAGCUGGUUUCUGUGUCUGAAAUGAGUGGGACCACACAGCCCACAGAAGAGUCCCGUCCUGGGUCAGCUGGACUAGUGGGGGGGUCUGCUUGGCGAGCCAGUGGCACCUUGCUCUCUGAGCUGGACUCUGAGGAUGUAAGCGGCAGCCAGCAGGGUGCGUCUGAAUUGAGUGCCCCUGGGGUCCUGGAGGGCACAGAGAGCAUGGAUGAUCUGGGAGAUGGCAGUCUCAAAGGAGCCAUUGACAUGGAAGGAGCUUCAGCAGGUUCCCCCGACUUUGAGAAAGUUCCCGACAUACCAGCUAAUGACUUCGAUGAGGAUGAGGAUGACGAAGAUGACGAUGAUCGGGUGUGUGACAUGGAUGUGGGCUCGGAGCGGACAGAUGAACCACAGAGGCUCAGGCAUGACAAUGAUGUGGAUGAUGAGGAGGAGGAUGAAGAUGUGGAGAUGGCAAGUGAGGGGGUGACAGAGAGUGGGCUGGAAAGUUAUGGGAAUGCAGAUGAGGAUGACUUUGCUGAGGAUGAAAGGCUUGACAACUUGAACAGGGUUGCCCAACCGCCACCUCCCCCUCCUCUGCUGCCCUCUGCCCCAGCUGCUCAGUGGGACCAACCAAACCCCUUUGCUGAUCCCUGGGCAGAACCUCUUCAGCCACAGCAAGUUCUUGUGCAAAUCCCCCAGCUGGAAGGAGCAGCUGCAGCAAGUCCCUUGGCACACCCCUGGCAAGUAGACUCUGAGACCCCAACUCAGAACCCAACCCAAACCUGGCUAGAACUAGGCUCUGCUCCUUUUGUUAUUGAAAACCAAGAAGCUCCUCAUCAUUCUUCUGUCAAAGAUGAGCCACAAAAUCUAGAGGCCCAAAUGUAUUUGGAUCAGUGCAGCCCAGCCCCGAUGCAGACCCUGAACCCAGCUCCCCUCUCUGCCCCAGGAAUGUCUCUGUCAAGCACCCUGAGCAGUGAGACAAGCACACCCGAGGAACUUGGUGACUACAAUCAAGACGGGAAGCUCCAGCCUCAAGAUGCGGAAGCCCCAGUCCUUUCUUCCCAGCCUGACCUGGACUACCAGGACUUGGGCAUCCAGUUGGAGAGAGGAGACAGGGAGGGAGAGGAAGAGGCAGAGGCAGAAACCCUGCCAGCUGAUGAAGUCCUGGGAGGCCCUGCAACUGCCCCCACUUCCAACCCCUCCUCAUCCUCAGUAACAGAAGACGAGGCCAGCGACACAGAGGGAGAAGCUCAGUUAGAAGAUUCCUUGGAGGGUCCAGCGGUCAGUAACAUAACCUUUGACAGCCAGCCUCCAGCGCAGCGCUGUCUGUCCACUGUGGAAGAGGGAGAGGAGGCUGAGGUGGAGGAGGGCGGUGCAGGUGAAGACAACACUCCACCUUCGGCAACCUCAUUGGCUUCUUACGGCUUUGACACCAUGACGACAGCUUCAAACUCCAAUGCCCAGUCCACAGGGGAGAGCUGCAUCAAGAGCCCCGGCAUCUUUUCCUUGGAGGAGCUGCCUGAGGAGGCCAAGGAGCCCUGUCUGAUCCCACAGCCUCACAACCAGCCAUGCUUCGCAGAGCAGCAGUACAUCGAGUGUGGGAAACAGGAAGCAGAGUCAGCUGAGCCUGUCCGGGAGGAAGCGCCGGGGUCAGAGGAAGCCCUGGACCCUUCGUCAACUCUGUGCACUUUGCAGCAACCAGAGGAAAAUCCAGAUGACAUCCAGCCUCCCUACUAUUCUGCUAUCUGUGAAAAGACUGAGAACUCUUUUGCAGGCUUCACUGCAUUACCGCACCCUCACCGUCGCGAUCACUCGGCAUACCCCAGAACCUACUGCGACAUCGUCAAACCCCAUGGCACCUCUGUUACCCCACCAAAGCUGACCUGUGCUGACCUCCCACCCAGGAGUCCUGGUCAGCAGGCAUUGUCCCCCCAGCUCCGCAGGCUAGAGCAACACCAGAGACAGCUGCUGGAGAUGCAACAACGCAGGGAGCAACAGAGCAGACCGUUGGAGGAGGUGGAGCAGGAGAGGAAGAGAAGGGAGGAGGAGGAACAGAGGAAGAAGAAAGAGGAAGCAGAGGAAGAAAUAAAGAGGAAUAAAGAGGAAGAGGAGAGGAAGAUGAGAGAACAGGCAGAGGUGACAAAAAAGGAAGAGGAGGAGCUGAAGCAGAGGAGAGAUCUUGAACUACAACUGCAGCAGCAACAACAGGAGCUGAAGCAAAGGCAGCAAAUCAUGCAGUGGCAGCAAGAGCUGCAACAGGCUAAUAAAGGUCAGACAGUGCUGUUGUCUCCUUCCUCUGGCCUGUGCACCAUCUAUGAAGCUCUGGAAAACAGUGAUGAAGAGGAGGCUGAAAAUGAAGGAGAAGGAAUAAAAGAGCUGAACCCUGCUAAAGAGAUUAAAGAGCCCAAGCAAGAGACAUCAAAUCAAGAGAAAGAUGACAACUGUGAAGCGGUGACAUCAGAUGAAGACAAACAUCGAGACUCUUCACCGUCAACCGAGAAACCUCUUCCUCACCCUGACUCCCCUCAGACACCCAGCACCCCCUCCCAGGAUGGUGAUAGCUCCUCCCCUUGCCCUCCCGAGUCUCCAGAGCGACCUCCACCCCUGGACCUGGACUGGGGGAAGAAAGUGGACAUAGUCCAGCAGCUGAUCAAUCAGACCCUGCUGCUGAACGGAGAUGGCUGCUCCUCUCUGCUGCUGAUGCCAGGGGGUGCAGGAGGCACACUGAGCCCCCUGGAGAGCAGCUUGUGGCCCAGCCUGCUGCCUCCACUCACCCCUCCCUCUGCCACCGUCACCUCUGUUAGUAGUUUCUCCCCUGAGGCCACUGGAAGCUCCCCACAGGGGGAGUGGACCGUGGUAGAGCUGGAGACACAUCACUGAGGGACGCAAGUGAGAGAUUUAACUCACACGCUUUAAAUACAGCAUCUGCAGUGAAACACUCACACACGGAUGAUGACACAAGUGCUGUCUAUACACAUGCACAUACAUGGGAAUUCAAGACACACACACACACACACACACACACGAAAGCAAACAGGGUGAUAUACACACACGUGUGCAGAGCAGCCCACAUUUACUGCAUUGUCAUUAUACACACAGUUAAGCAAAUUAAUUGUUACUUGUGGAACAGCCCCAUAAGCCAUACAGACUGAGCUGAAUAUUUGGGCUGGGAAAAAAUGCAAUUACCAUAAAGAAAUUUUUUGAAAUUGAUUUACAUCACAAUAUCUGGUAAAGAAGAUAAAAUAGAUCACUUAGAUGUCCAUGGCAUUGUACUGAAAGGUCAAGGGUUGUUUUAAAAUGUAAUUCCCGAGGAUUUCAGAAAAAAAAAACAAAAAACUUGAGAGAUCAGUAAUUUUUUUCUAGUGUUGAAUUAGGCAGAGUCCACAACAUGUACAAAAAUAGCAAUGAUAGGAUCACAAAGACUAAAAUGAUACUGAUAUCCUAUCCAGUUCUGUAGACACCCCCAUGAACUUGUGGUGCUCUAGAUCAGUGGUUCCCGGCCAAUGAGGGUCACAACAUAAAUCUGCAUGAGGAUUACCAAGAUAAAAGAGCAGAAAUAACAGAUUUUGAUUAUUUAAUGUGUUUAUUUUGGGGGGCUUUCCGCUAAGAUUUGCUUUUGCUUUUUUUUUUUUUUUUUUCUUUUAAGCAACUGAAUCAUUUUACCAAAUAGGGCUUUUAAAAAGUAUUCAAAUGCAGCAGUCUGAGAGAGAAAAAUCACUUGCAGUUGAAAUAGUCACAGGAGUUUUUAGGAGUCACAAGGCAAAAAGGUUGGGAACCACUGCUAUAGAUUCACUUGAGAUCGACAGGGAUUUCCACCUGUACUGUACAGGUAAACAAUCAAAUUUAACACCGAGAUAUUAAUUCUUGGUGGUGCUACAGUUUAACAGCUGUAUCAAAGUAUGUGUUUAUUGAUGCAAAAAAGGUAAGGGACUUUCUUGUCCAGAAUGAUGACUCUCAGGUAGCGCUUACCCGCAGGCUAACUACCACUCCCAACAAAGUUAAUGGUUAGUUUCAGGACUUAGAAAAGUUGAAGAUUGUAUAAAAGUCAUGGUUAUUGUCAAUGUAGCAGGCCGAAAUUUUAUUUUCUAUUUGUGCGCUUUAUAUUAACCAACUUGAAGGUCUAGAUGUGCCCAUAGAAUCAAGUGGCAAAGUGUCAAGUGUUGAAUAUUUAGUCAUAUUCUUAGACUUGUUGACUUAUUUGAUCAGAUAUUUCCUGACUUUAAAAAAAAAGAAACUUUAGUAACUUUUGAGGUUAAUACAUAUUAAACUACUCAAUGUUUGAGGGGGUCAAAACAUGUUCAUAUUCCCCAAAUUAAGGUAUCAUAGAGGCAUUGAUAUAGCUCUUUAUUCAUUUACUUUUUGUUUAACAUAUUUUCCCUUUAAGUAUAGAAUGUAAACUCCCCCCAGUUGCUGAAACU